AGAGCAAGCGAUUAACCCGCUAAGCAAUAUUGACCUAAUUUUAAUGGACCACUAACGAUUUUAAAAUGAGCACAUAUUUGCUAUCGAUGGAAAAUGCAAUUUUCAAAAAGUAUUUCAAACCUCCCCGUUCUGCCCCUCUAUCGCGAUACUUCGUUACCACGACGUGAGCGUUGAGCGACAUUCGACAUUAAGGAUCAAUCGCGUUGCAUUAAGUUUAGUUUUGAGUGAAUUGAGGAACGAUCGAGUCAACAAAAAGAAAGAAAGAGCAUUAAUGUAGAUUGGGUAGAGACGGCGGUAGAGACUGUAGACUGUAAAACAUAAACUGUUAACGGUAGAGACUGAAAAUCGCAGACUGUAGACUGUGGACUGUAGAGGGACCUAGAGGCUAGGCAUACCGAGAAGAAUUUCGGACGAGAAAUAAUAUGGAGUCUGUUUAACCUGUAGGCGAUGUAGAAGCGGCUGUGUUUUAAUUGAACGAAGAACAUCUAAGGAAUUGGAUGAGCGCGCGUAAAUAGGGCUAAGGUUUAUCAAUAAUGCCAGCUAAAACGUGGAACGCCGAGUUAUGGAAGUCUUGGGAUAAACAGGGGAAAAACGAAUUCCUCAAGCUAAUCAAGCUCAAACACAAGGAAGGCAACACCGUAGAAUGGAGACGAGGAUUGUACGAACUGAUUUUGAAUGGAAUCCAUGGGGCUGUAAAGAGGGAUGGAGUUGUUACGAUAUUAGGUGAACUAGUGGCUGUGGAUGGAGCGAUACCUUCUGCAAUCGUUGAUCUUUUUACACUUAUCGAUGCAGAAGUACAGGGUGAAAAUAGAAGUAAUUUUUAUUAUAUUGUAAAGGAAUCGGAAAAGUUUCUUACAGACCGAAUAUUAAAAGAGCGUCUUGAUAUUGAUACACUUCAGGAUGUAGGAACAUUGAAAAAUUUAAAUUUUCAAACAAAAUUUAUCAAAGUUAAAACAAAACUUUAUUACAAACAAAAAAAGUUUAAUCUCUUUAGGGAAGAGAGUGAGGGAUAUUCCAAACUCAUUGUAGAACUUAAUCAAGAACGAACAGAAUCAGAAGUGGAUUCGGUUUUAGAGAUAGUCAAAUCACUUAUCGGAUAUUUUAAUCUCGACCCUAAUAGAGUUCUUGACAUAUUACUCGAAACUUUCGAAAACAGACCACAAGAUGAUGCUGUAUUUAUACCUCUCAUUCGAUCUUAUAUGAGUGAUCAGCAAGUCCUGUGCGAAGUAUUAGGAUUUAAAUAUUGUUCCACAACAAACUGUACGCCUUUUUCAUUACAAAAACUUACAGCUUUAAUGCUUCAACACGAAGUCAUCAAUUUAAAUGAUAUAUUACCUUGGCUUAUUCCUGAUGACAAAGUAAUUAUUAAAGAUUACGAUCAAGAUAUAAAACUAGCCAAGGAAUACGUAAGAAAAAUGAAUGUGAUCUCAACAAAAGAUAAAGAAGAAGAUAAGGAUGAGAAGGAAAUUGUUGUGGAUAAGUAUUCGAACAACCAAAAAUUUGGACUUUGCGAAGCACUUUUAGAAUUUGGAGCAUGGGAUGUAACUUCGAAUCUUUUUAGUCGUUUUCCUGAUUAUUGCUUAACAGAACGAAAACCAAUUGCAUUGGCCCUUUGCCGAAUGAUUCAUGCCCUUAUAGAGCCGGUUUACAGAAAGCAUUGUGUGAUAUCGUCCAAGUUACCGGGGCGCAAGAUCCCACCUUUACAAAGCACACUUGCACCAAAGCCAUUGAGUCGCCUAGAAGACAUUCACGAGCGUUUAUUACCAAUGCUAAUCGCCCUUGGUCCUAAUCUCCAUCACGAUCCCGUUCUAAUGUACAAGAUCAUGCGUCUGUGCCAUACCGCGAUAAAGCAAUGCUCGUUGGACUCGAACAAGCUCCCCAUUGUUAAGGACAGCAUUCUUUACUGCGACGUCUUGACGAUCCUCGACGUCGCUCUUCUUCCGUCCCUCUCCUUCAUGGAUUGCAACUGCUGCGUCGCUGAAGAAAUUUGGAAUAUCCUUAAGUAUUAUCCGUACCAGAAUCGUUACGCGCUCUACGCGAGAUGGAAGAACGACACACCGAUGCAACAUGCGGCGCUUUUAAGGAAACGCGCCGAUGCUCAGAAGAAGAUAAAAAAUGUCGUUAAGAGAGUGAGCAAGGAAACGAUAAAGCCCGUGGGUAGAUCCAUCGGGAAGUUAACGCAUUCGUCCCCUGGUGUGCUGUUCGACUAUGUCAUUGUACAGAUUCAACUUUACGAUAAUCUAAUUGGUCCAGUGGUCGAUUCUCUUAAAUAUCUCACUAAUAUAUCCUACGAUGUCCUUGGAUACUGCCUUAUAGAAGCGUUGGCCGGGGCUGAGAGAAAUCGCUUCAAGCACGAUGGAACUAGCAUAUCACUUUGGCUUCAAUCGCUCGCAUCAUUUUGCGGGGCCAUUUUCAAGAAGUAUAACAUUGAAUUGACUGGAUUACUGCAAUACGUUGCUAAUAUGCUGAAAGGACAAAAAAGUUUGGAUCUUUUAAUUUUAAAAGAAAUUGUUCAAAAAAUGGCGGGUAUUGAAGCGGCGGAGGAAUUGACUUCCGAUCAACUGGAUGCUAUGGCUGGCGGUGAUCUUUUACGAAUCGAAGCUGGUUAUUUCAGUCAAGUACGGAAUACGAAAAAAUCAUCCCAACGAUUAAAGGAAGCUUUGGCUGAACACGACUUGGCCGUUGCCCUUUGUCUGCUCAUGGCGCAACAAAAGCAUUGUGUGGUCUAUCGAGAAACAGAGCAAUCGCACCUAAAGCUCGUGGGAAAAUUGUACGAUCAGUGUCAUGAUUCGUUAGUGCAGUUUGGCACUUUCCUAGGUUCCACAAUGACAGUGGACGAGUAUGUCGAGAGGCUACCAUCGAUUCACUCGAUGCUUCAAGACUAUCAUAUCCACGCCGAUGUUGCAUUUUUUCUUGCCAGGCCGAUGUUUUCGCACGCUAUAAACAUAAAGUAUGACGUACUUCGUAAAGCAGAUCCAAAUUACAAGAAGAUGUCUUCGACGACGAAGCAAGCAAAGUAUGCGGAAGCUGCGCAAGCAGUAAUGGCCCCGGUAGCGCAAUCUGUGCGACCUCUCCAUCCACUUAAAGUUUGGGAAGAUAUUUCACCCCAGUUUCUAGUGACAUUUUGGUCUUUAUCAAUGUACGAUUUAUAUGUACCUGUAGAUAGCUAUCAACGUGAAAUUAAUAAACUGAAGCAACUGGCCUCGCAGGCUGCCGAUUCCAAAGAUUUGACUGCAAGUAAAGGGAAGAAGGAGCAAGAAAGGUAUACAACGUUAAUUGAAAAACUGCAAGAUGAGAAGAAAAAACAGGAGGAACACGUUGAGAAAGUUCAUGCUUAUUUAAGGCAAGAGAAGGAUUCUUGGUUUUUAUCAAGAAGUGCAAAAUCUGCCAAAAAUGAAACGAUAACGCAAUUUUUACAGCUUUGUUUAUUUCCCCGAUGCACUUUCACAACUGUGGAUGCUAUGUAUUGCGCCAAAUUUGUACAUACAAUUCAUUCAUUAAAAACUGCAAAUUUUUCCACACUUUUAUGCUACGAUAGACUCUUCUGUGAUAUUACUUACUCGGUAACAUCUUGUACGGAGAAUGAAGCACACCGUUAUGGCAGAUUUUUGUGCGCCAUGCUAGAAACCGUAAUGAGGUGGCAUUCUGAAAAAGCCAUAUUUGAUAAAGAAUGCAGCAAUUAUCCAGGUUUUGUAACGAAAUUUCGAGUUAGCAAUCAGUUUUCGGAAGCCAAUGACAUGGUGGGAUUCGAAAAUUAUAGACAUGUUUGCCACAAAUGGCAUUACAAAAUCACGAAAGCAAUAGUCGUGUGUCUAGACUCAAAGGAUUAUGUACAAAUUAGAAAUUCGUUAAUCAUAUUAAUCAAAAUUUUGCCACAUUUCCCAGUUUUGGCUAAACUUUCUCAAAUACUUGAAAGAAAAGUAGAAAAAGUUCGCGAUGAGGAACGUAAUAAAAGGCAAGAUCUCCAUGUUUUAGCUACAUCAUAUUGUGGACAGUUGAAAGCCAAAGCACCUCAAAUGAUUCGUGAAUCCGAUUUCCAUCAUGUUGGUGACAAAGCUGCUAAAUCAUCUGAAACGACGAGUAGUGAAUCAAGCGUCGACAAAGUGAGUAAUGGCGUAUCGACCAAAGAAGUUAAUAAUGGAGAUUCUCGUUCAGAAAAAGAAAGUAAAGAUCAGCGAGAAAAACGAAAUACUAGUUCCAAUCAAACUUAUCAUGAAAAUUCCGAGAAAAGUAGAAAACGCGAAGAAAGCAGAGAAGCUUCGGAAUCGAGGGAAAAAUACUCGAAAAAAGAUGACUAUAAAGAUGACGACUUAGCAGACAAAAAAGAUAGAAAAUACUACAAAGAAGACCACUACUAUAGCGGGAGUGCGGAUAACUUUGAUCGAGAUCUUUCCAGUGUUUCUAAUAGCAGUACCAGUUCUGGACCAAUGGCCGAUGGUCCUGACAGAGAAACAAAACGAAGGAAAGUGGAUAACAGUCAAAAGGAAACCAGGCGAACGGAUGUAACUACAGAGAAGAAAGAGCGUUCGUCGGCUAAAGCCAAAAUGCGAGAAGAGCAAAAGGAAUUACGUAGGGAAAAAAAAUUAGGCAGGAAAAGAGACAGAGGAGAUGAAUUAUUAAUUUCCGCCGAACAAAAGAGAAGAAAAGAUGAUGACCGGGCAAAGGGAACUCAUCAAAACGGUGACAUGCCCGAACACAGGGAAAAGCAUCACUACAAUAAGGAAAAGUCACCGUAUACGAAGGAGCGAACACAUGAACGGGAAGGACGUGAAACCCGUGAUAAACAUAGGAGAAGUUCCGAUCCCAAACGAAGAUGAUGUAAAACAGCGGAUGGACUUUAACUUACAUUUUAUAUUGCUACGUUUAAAUGUUGUAUGUAAUUAAUUUAGAAUUCAACAAGUAAUA